CCUGCACAAACGCUAACUCCAAAGGAGGGGCCGCCAUCUCUGGCGUUGCCGACCACAAAUAUCUAAGGCACUUUUUAUCGCUCCCUCUCGCUUCUUUUUCUUUCUCCGUCAGUACCCAAUCACUCUUCAGUUCUUGCAAUUCUUUCGUCUCACCUUUGUCGUUUGGCCCAGUCUUUUUCCCCGAUGGACCCCCGAGAUUUCAUUGCUGUUGCUCUGGAAUUUGAAUUGGAGAUGCAGAGAGAGAAGAAAAGGGAGAUGGAAGAGUCUCUAAGGGCAGCUCAAGUUGCGCUAAGAAAGGAGGAGAGAGGGCUUUCUGUGCGUAGGAGAAAGACGCGGGAAAUGCGUGCAAAGAAAGCGGCCAAAGAGAAAUUGAUUGUUGAUUUCAUGGUUUUCAUUGAAGCGGUUGAGAAUAACGAUCUCGAGAUUGCUCAGAAAUUUGAUGAAAAAGCUAUGAUGAAAGCUGUUGUAACUAUGAUGGGCAGUAACGGCGGCGAUGGCGGCGACAGUGGAGGAUUUGCCGGCGACUCCGGAGACGGUAACGUUACUGAAAUCGGUAUGAAUCCUGAAGAAAAGGCUGUGAUGGAAGCAAUUGUAGCUAUGGUGAACGUUGGCAACGAUGGCGGCCACAAUGGAGGAUUCGUCGGCGACUACGGAGGGAUUAACAACAAUCUUGAAAAGGCUCAGAAUAUCGAUGAGGAAGCUAUGAUGGCAGCCGGUAUUGAAGGAAGAAACAGUGACUCCAGUGAAGGCAGAAAGCGCGGUGGAUCUGGCGGCAGUAUUAGUGGUAACCGCCGCGAGUAGGCUGAUGGUGGGUCCUGUUAAUUACUUUCAUAUGGAAAGAUAAACAUGUCCUGUUUUUUGUAUUAGUUUAUUGUUUUAGGUUUACAACGUUCUUUUACGUCGGGUGUGUUGAUUGGAAUAUAGAUAUUCCAGCUUCCACUUUAUUAGUAAUAGCGAGUCGUUGUUGGGAUAGUGUUUGAUUGAGUAGUAAGCUAGUUGAAAUAUCCAUUUUAAUUGUUCCCUGAUGAAUUUAAAUUUUAGCUUUGAUAUUCUUAGAGAACAUUCAUAUUGUGAAGCGCUUAAUGUUGAAUUUUCAUAAUUGUUAGGUUUUAUUGGUUUUGAGUUACUCAACAGAAUAGAAUUGGAA